AUGACAAAUAAUAUUGCGAAACUUUCAUUGCCCGACUCACCUGGCCGACCUCUAAAGCUUGGACUUACUCUACCGACUUCCAUCAGCGUUCAAGAUAUGGUGCGACACAUACAGGACGAAUCUCUGCAUGGCAUUAUUACUCGUGAACUAUGCAUCCAGAAACUUUCCCCACCGCUACCCAAGCAAAAGCAUAUUAAUAUGCCCAAUGUCGUACUUUCAGACCCAAGCAAAAGAUUCUACGAAGCUGUGAGCGAUAUAAAUGGGCUUGUCACUGUCGCGGCUUUCGAGCACAGUACUGCCGGAACGCUAAAUACGCUGAAAAUCGAUCAACACUUCUUCAAAGUAAUACCCCCCUCCGACUCACUACAGUAUAUCUCUUGGCUUUGUCGCUACGCAUGUGAAUAUGAGGCUGGCGUCUCGGGCUAUCUACCACGAAUAAAUCAGAUGAAGGAUCACGCAUUUGAUUGGAUGAUGCCUAGAGAUCUUGCCUUAGCCCGGAACAGGAUUCAAGGAGAACUGGGAGACGGCGCCGCGAAUAUUCGGUUUGAAGUUAACGCCGAGCAAACGUUCAGUGUUGAUGAUAAUGAAACCCGCCUUCAAGGUCAAGCCGAUAUUGUCGCAGUCGCUCCCCCAUCAGACAACAGCGGUAGUAGAAGCGCUGAUUCUAUCUGGGAGAUCAAGUUUGUCUCACACCUUUCUAACAGCCAUGUCUUACAAGCAUGCACGUAUGCCUACUUACUGGGGUUAACACGUAUCAUGCUCUAUAACGUGCGAGAUGGGGAGAAAUGGGAAAUCAUACCGCAUGAUGGACAAGAGGGGCUACGGCGUAUGAUCGAAAGCGUUCUAAGAGUUAAGUAUACGACUACGGGGCAGAUGAAUGAUAAGGAGUUCAUUGAUAUGUGCGCAAAGGUCAUGCUGGAAGUCUCAAGCCUAGAUGAUUCACGGGAGCAAAUAUCUCUCGCAGAUUGCAAAGCUUAA